AUGCCGCAAGCAACAGACGAGGCAAGCGAGGCUCCGGUCGUCGGGCCCGCCAAGCAGACGUCGGUCCAGCCAAGCAGACGUCCGCCCGGCCAAGCAGUCGGCGACCCGGCCAAGCAGUCGUUGGCCCGGCCAAGCAGACGUCCGCCCGGCCAAGCAGUCGUCGGCCCAGCCAAGCAGACGUCCGCCCGGCCAAGCAGUCGUCGGCCCGGCCAAGCAGACGUGGACCCGGCCAAGCAGUCGUCGGCCCAGCCAAGCAGACGUCCGCCCGGCCAAGCAGUCGUCGGCCCGGCCAAGCAGACGUCGGUCCGGCCAAGCAGACGUCCGCCCGGCCAAGCAGUCGGCGACCCGGCCAAGCAGUCGUUGGCCCGGCCAAGCAGACGUCCGCCCGGCCAAGCAGUCGGCGACCCGGCCAAGCAGUCGUCGGCCCGGCCAAGCAGACGUCGGUCCGGCCAAGCAGACGUCCGCCCGGCCAAGCAGUCGGCGACCCGGCCAAGCAGUCGUUGGCCCGGCCAAGCAGACGUCCGCCCGGCCAAGCAGUCGGCGACCCGGCCAAGCAGUCGUCGGCCCAGCCAAGCAGACGUCCGCCCGGCCAAGCAGUCGUCGGCCCGGCCAAGCAGACGUCGGUCCGGCCAAGCAGACGUCCGCCCGGCCAAGCAGUCGGCGACCCGGCCAAGCAGUCGUUGGCCCGGCCAAGCAGACGUCCGCCCGGCCAAGCAGUCGUCGGCCCAGCCAAGCAGACGUCCGCCCGGCCAAGCAGUCGUCGGCCCGGCCAAGCAGACGUGGACCCGGCCAAGCAUACGAGGCGGCUGGGAAAGCUGCAGGCGUUCAGUGUUGCGACACCGCUCUCUCGACCUUCCACGACGAUGGCCUGUGUGUCAUUUAAGUCUUGUCGACGAACAAACUCAACUUAUUCACUUAAGUGUACGUCUUGUUGACAAUAACGUCAUCACAGACGAACAGACACUCUACACGAUGUAUCUUGAGGACGCCGUCUGCCCGGGCGCAUAG